CAGCUUCCGGUCUCUGGUCAAGCGGCCACUCCAGGCUCCAGCUUCCGCCAACGGCCACCACGCGUCGCCGCUCGGCCGCUAGAAAGUAUCCGGAACGCGCCACGUGGACCUCCUCCUCCGCUUCGAGAAGCUCUCACGAGUCACGCACGACGGCGGAGUGGCGGACCGACCCGAUCAGCAGAAGCAUUAAACCCCCAAAACCUCUGAGAGACGAAACCCCAAGGCGGAGCCGGAGGACCCGAUGGAAAAGAAGGAUCUGCUCGCCGUCCGGAAGAGGCUGCCUGCGGCGGCGGCCAAGCGGAGGCACAAGGUGGUGACGCCCGCUAAGGCCGGCGCCGGGCGUCUCGCGAAGGUGAUCGCUGGAUACCUCGCGUCCGACUCCUACAUGUACGCGCCGCUGAUCUCCGCUCCGCCAUCUCUCCCACCGCCGCCUCCGGCGUCUUCGGUGGCGCCAUCCGCGACGCCUCUUAUUUCCACUCCUGUGACGAAGCUUCAUCCUAAACCCCAUAGGGGCAAAGCUGCAAAAGACACGGCUAACCUUUUGAAAGCAAUAAUCGUGUCUUCCAGAGAAAGUCUUGUGCGCCAGCGGCUAAAUUCUAGGUGAGGAGGAUGAGGCACUGAGCAAUGGAUUGCAGCAGGAUAGGUAAGGGUCAGGGGUCACUGCGGAAAUUUCCGUUGCUGCACGUCGACAGGGAUAUUUCGUGGUCACCUCUAGCCGUUCGCGGUCGCCAGUUAGUGUCACAUAUAAUAACUUGUUUCUGUAAGCUUUCUUGGCUUGACAAGCGUGGCUUGCUUUCGUCAUAAUAAUGGAGGUUACACAAGUUCUAGGGGGGCAAUAAGGCAAUAACCCCUAUUGACCUGUGAGAAUUCCACCACUGGUCAUAUAGGCAUCCUUUAUGUUAAGAAGUACGUGGUACUUGGUAGUGCCUGAACAUAGUUACAGAAGUAGUUUAAGAUGCAAAUGCAAACCAAACAGCAUUGGUUAAGGAAGAUAUAAAUUACUGAAGCUUUAGUUGUUUUUCA